AUCUAAUGGCUAAUCAGUGCGAAUGUAUUAUUUUUAAAGAUUUCAAUAUUUGCCCAUAUUUUACAUCAUUUUAUCAUACAAUUUGUAUGCAGUGAGCAACAGCGACCAUGUCUACUAGUACUGAGUCGUAUUCAUCAACGGACGGUCGAAAUGAAGCCUACUCCCUACUACGAUCACAGUCACAACCACAGCAACCAGCACAGGCACAGAAACAGGCUGGAAUCAUAUUCACACCAGAUGAGUUAAGAGUAUUGAAGGAAUGCAAUAGGGAAUCAUUCUGGAAGAGAAGUUUACCUGCAUCUAUGGGGAGCAUGGUUGCAGUGCAACUGGCAGUGAAUAUGGGCUAUAUAAAGGCUCAUCCAACGUUUGGUUCCUUCUUUAAGGUUGUGGGAGCUGGGUUUCUCGGAUACAUGAUGGGAAAAAUCUCGUACCAGACGCGAUGUAGAGAGAAGCUGCUACAGCUGGAGAACAGUCCUCUAGCAGAUGCUCUACGGAUGGGACAGAGCGGCAGGGAACACUACAGACAGUUAGAACGUCAUAAGCAGCAGACUGCACAGGUUGAGAUGGGAUCGGACAAGAGAGGAACGGACGACUAUCAGGGGUCAGCUGACAUCGAGUCAGCGGUCAAUGAGUCUGCAGGACUCGAUGAUGGCUUCCGACCUAGCAUCGACAACGACGUUUAUAGCCAGCCGCUGGGGAGUCGGCAGCAGGAACAGAUGGGCACUUCAUACGAGGAGCUGCGCAGCAGGAAUCGCAGCGAGUAUAACAAGAGGUUUGAGGUUCGGCAGACGGACUCGGACUCUAACGCUCCGUCUUCCAGGCCUCCUCUUCAGCCUGUGUAUAAACCAUCAGAGGAGAGAUUGUUAGAAACUAAAAACAAGUAUGGCGACCGGUGGGAGAAAUAGCCCUGAAAUGUUGAAAGUCACAGCUCACUAUGUGCGUGUCUACCUGCACCUCUUGCCGCUACUAAGAACAAAAACUUGGAGUGCAGUAAAAUUAGGAGUAAAUGCCUUUGGGCUAUAAAUAGCAUGAGAAGAGUGAACAUGGUUUGACAUAGUUUGUCGGAAAGAGUUAGUAAGGGUUAUUUACUAUAUUAUGUUGUGUCAACUGAAAACAUGGAUUUUGAAAGCAAAGCUAACAUUUAAUGGACUGAAACAAAACAAAUAGGGAUUCAGAAUUGUACACUUUCGAUUGAAAAUGUUAGAUUGCAAUUGAAAUGUGAGCAAUAAAUGUGCAUUUUCAUUGUUUCACUUUAAAAUUCAUUUUCCAUUUUGCUCAUGUCCAUCAAAUGUGUUUAGCAAUGAGAUAAAUAUCUGUGAGGUGUGAAAUGCUAGAUUGAUAUAUAAUCGUGUUCCACCACCCGUAUAAUGCAAAUAAUCGUUUGUAACCUGUUAGGCAUAUGAUAGAUAUGGCCAAGAUUGUUAUCGCUUUUAAUAAUAAAAAGCUUGUUAAUGUAAAGUCUGUUAAUAAUAAAGGAAACCUGAGUAUUAUUUAUAUGUA